AUCAUAGAUUGUUUGUUGACAACUUAAUACUUAUUUCAAUAAACUAUUUGAAAUAUUUAAAACAAAUGUAUUUAUCUGACAUUUUUGUUUUAAAAUUAAUUGUUAAACUAAUUAUUCUUGGAUGUUUAAUAAACAAAACAUUUUCCAUAACAAAAUCUAGAUGGAAUGACAUUAAAAAAGAAACUAAAAAUAUAUUAGAAAAAAAUUGGAAACAACCACGCGGUAUAACUCAAGUAGGGCCAAAACCAGGAUCUUAUUUGGAUUAUCCUGGAUUUGAUCAGGCUAAAUUAGAACAGAACAGAAUACUUUGGGAUUUGUAUUAUAAAUGUCUGAAUGACCAAAGUUUCCAUACAAAUAGUAAACAUGUAUUUGCAGCCAAGGUUAUUAAAACAUUUAAAAGUUUUUCACUGAAAUUAGAAUGUGAACUUUGUAUUUCUCCUAAAGGACUUACUAACAAAAAUGUAUGGUUUUAUUCAAUACUUGAAAAAAAUAGAAGUUUAAGAUUACUAAAAGAAAAUGAUUACUAUAGAAUUUCACCAAUUGACUUAUCAUUAACUAUAAUUAAUAUUGAUGAAUCUAAAAGUGGUUUUUAUCAAUGCAUAAUUUCCAGUUCUGAAUCUAGACCAUUUAUUAUUGAAUUAUUCAACGAGGAUAUUGAACCAUUUCUUGAGACAAAUAUCACUAAGAUCAAUACAAAGAUAAGUGAUACAAAAAUAUUAAUUGAUUUGAGAUUAAAAAUGUGGACAGAAUGGACAGAAUGGACAACAUGUAGCACAUGUGAUGAAAUAGGGAUUAGAACUAAGUUUGGGUUUUGUUUAAUUGAUUCAAUUACACCAAAAAUUAAUACAAAUGAAAAUAUGUUUAAUAAAACAAAUGAUGAACAUUUGGAGAAUUUAUUGAAUGCAUUUGAUACUGGGUUGCCAUGUCAUAGCAAUCUUUUGAAUCCAAAUAUUUUUAAUGGAAUUAAAAAUAAUCCAAUAAAAGUUGUAACAGAAUAUUGUAGGAUUCAAUGUCAUAAUGAUGAAGUAUUUGAAAUAUUGGAUCCCCAAGGAAAUAUUAUUGAUAAAGUGAAUAAUUCUGCAGGUAUUUAUUCUUCACAACAAAUAAUACCUGAAUUACCACCAAAAACUGAGAAAAUUUUAAUAAUCACUCAUUUAAAUCAAAAUUUUAACAUUACAUGUCCAGGAAAUUUGAAUACAGAUGCACCUUAUGUAUGGAAAUUAAACAAUAAAACAAUUUUACCAUUGAUUUCUAAAAGUGCUGAAGAUCAUAUAUAUACAGACAUAUUACACAGAUUAAUUAUUCAAAAUAUAACUAAGAAAGAUGAGACUAUUUUCACAUGUUGGCAACUUAAUUACUUAGCUGGGAUUGUCAGAGUGAAAAUCAUAAAAGAAUUUAAAUUAAGUAUUCAAGAAGAUAUGUACUUAUUGUAUGGAGCUAUUCCAAUUAUUGGAUUAUUUCUAUGGGUUGGAUUUAAAGUAUUUUUUGAUAAAGAUGCAGCAUAUUAUUAGUCAAUUUUUUUCAUGAAUAAAUAAUUCCAAAUAUUUGCAGCUAUAAAUAUAUACAUAUAUAAUUUAGCAUUUGGUAUGAUUGUUAUUUUGAGUUUUAAAAUGUAUAAAUGAAAUUAUAAUUAUAAGGACUCAAUAACAUUUAUAACAAAGGUAUGAUUAGAUAAUAUAAAGAUAAAAAAUUAUAUUAUCUUACUGCAA